AUGGAUCGAACGACGGAUGAAAAGUUAGUAGAAUUACGUCGCAUGUUCCCAGACUACGAUCCUGCAGGGCUCUUGGACGUGCUAGUGAGCUGCGACGGCUCCUUGAAACGGACCAGGACUUUACUGGGGUCUGGAGAAGAAACGCAACGUUCCAUUAAACGUUUCAAACCACAACAGACGCUGUCGCGUUUCAUAAAAGCGCCCCACAGUGCGGUCCGUACAACGCAUUCGUCGAAACCUAUUACGCUUUACGCUAAAAGCGAGAUAGAAGCGUCCUUGAAAUAUUGCACGUACCACACCAAUGUGCUGCCGGAGGAUCUUGCUGAAAAAUUGCUGCACCAGACUUUGAACGAUGCGCACUACAAGGCUUCAGAAUUCUACCUUUUCGGUAACAAGUGUACCUCGAACCAUCAGUCUCGCAUGUUCAUGCCAGCGAAACCGUCAGAUGUGUUUUACUACAACGGAAGAGAGGUGACCGACUACGGCGUGUACAGCAACGAAAUGAUGCUGGCUCAGGUUCUCAUCGAGGACGUAGUCAAUAAUGCGCUCUCACAGAGAAUCGGACUUCCUUUCCAAGCCAAAUCCGGCCAAUGGGAGGCCCAGGCCGCGUUUUCCAACAAAUACGAGAAGGACAGCAAUUUAGAUUGGCAUUCAGACCGCAUGACUAACAUCGGCCCUCACCCGAUCAUAGCGUCUCUGUCACUAGGGUUUUCGCGCGACUUCAGGGUCCGCAAGGUGUAUCCUUCGGACUCCCAAAUCUUUUCCAUUAAGCCGCAACACAACUCGUUGGUAAUAAUGCACGCUGGCUUUCAGGAAGAGUACAAACACUGCGUCCCUCUUCUGCCGAAAAAGUAUAGAAUUCCUACGGAGGACCUACAUCCGACCGCUGGCGCUAGGAGAAUAAACAUUACCUACAGAAAUUAUCUCAUCAAGGAUCCCAUCUUUUGCAGACUAUGCGGCUCUCCCAUGGAUUUACGCAGAAUGUUUAAGGACCCUGCUAAAAGAGGACGCUAUUUUUAUCAGUGCUCUAAAAGUUACACAGAGCACAACGGUUUCAACGAGGGAAAUGAAUGCAAGGGUUUUUCCUAUGCUAAUUUCGAAAAAGAUCCUCCUUUGACGGACGACGAAGAACACGGUUCGUUUUGGUUAGCAGAUGAUGACAUUGAGGCAAGAGCGUUGCAAAGCUCGAAGUGUUAG